CCUAGGGCAGGGUGGCUGGGGACGGGACUGAGCUGGAUGUGAGGAGCAGGGGGAGGGAUGGCUGCAACACCGGAGAUGGUGUGUAACUGUGGUCGGAAAAGGCGUGUCACUUUUGGCCGGUGUCACUUUUUGGCCGGUGUCACGGUGGCGGCGAAGUCACUGUGGUGGCAGGCGGCAUAGUCACUGUGGCGGUUGAAUCACUGUGGAGGCAGAGUCACUAUGUCGGUGGGGCAGUCACUGUGGUCGAAAGUCACUGAGAUAGUGACUGCCGGCGGCGGCGGUGGCAGCGAUGCCGAUGACGGUGGAGGUGCUGGGAUGACGGUGGAGGUGGUGGGGCGGCUACCACGGAGGCAGGGGCGGAUCCAAGAAAGUCAUUUGGGGGGCGAAAAUAUUUUUGGGGGUUCAAAAUACUUUUUGGAAGAGCAAAAAUUAUUUUUCAUAUAUAUCUACUACGGUCCGCCCCUGCAUGGAGGUGCUGGCAGGUGGCUUCAAAGGAAUAUUAUUAAGGUAAUAAAUGUAUGAUUAAAUAGAAGAAAUAAAUGACUUUUAGUUGUAAAUUACUAUUCACCAGAUGGUAAAACUAGUACAAUAACAUCUAGCAAUUUUGAUGCCA